CCCACCACGUAAUAGUGCACCUAUACGUCUUCAUCGACGCUGUUUUUUGACCGGAAGACCCAGAGCUAACUAUCGAGACUUUGGGCUAUCCGGACACGUACUCCGCGAAAUGGUUCAUGCAUGUUUGUUGCCGGGGGCAACAAGAUCAAGUUGGUAGGGAUAAAAAGAUCCCUUCCAAGUCCUAUUUCUAUUCAUUUCUAUUAGAGGAGCCCCCUUUACCAUUCUGUACGAAUAGGCUAUACUAUUCAUAUCAAUCUGGUAUAGGGGCACCCUUUACCAUUCUGUACGAAUAGGCUAUACUAUUCAUAUCAAUCUGGUAUAGGGGCACCUCUAAUCCCUAUUCGUUCAUUAGUCAUUAGUUCCGAGUUCGUCAGCGCGGGGUAGAGCAGUUUGGUAGCUCGCAAGGCUCAUAACCUUGAGGUCACGGGUUCAAAUCCUGUCUCCGCAACAUAUUUUUUUCUUUGUAUUUGUCAAAAUUUAUAUCUAUUUAUUUUGAAGUCUGAUUCUUUCACCUUAAUGAACUGGGAGUCUGAGUAAAAGAAAAUACAACCACUACACUAUAGUAGGUAUAUAAACUAUACCGGAUAAUUUCUCAUCUCAUAUUACAUUACUCCACCAUGGGCGGAUAGCGGGAAUCGAACCCGCAUCUUCUCCUUGGCAAAGAGAAAUUUUACCAUUCGACCAUAUCCGCAUUUUAUUCGUUCUUGAUACACGCGCAUGUGUCAACACACACCCAUAGAUUCUAUAUGUAUCUAUACCAUAUUUGUACAGAGCCAGAUACUAUUUUAAGGAAAAUUCCAACUAUUUUUCAUUCAAUUCAUUCAAAAAGUUACUUUUGACCCCCCCUAGAAUUGCUUUUCUGGACUCAUAUCAUAUUUAAUGUUAAUGUGUCCCACAACCGGAAUUUCUUCGGAGGGGGGGGGUUGUUGAUCCGGAAAAUACUGAAAAGGUUCAAUAGAUGAGCGAAUUAAGAAUACCUACCAGAAAUACUAAUCCAAUCCAUAAUGACGUACCGGAAAAUACAACAUUUUUAUUACUUGACCAACCAUCGGGAGAAGCAAAUACAACGGGUACACUAAUCAAUAAGAUUGAUGAAGUAGCAAUUAAUGCAAAAACAGCCAAUUGGAAAGCAAUAGUCAUGGUUGUAAUCCUCCAAGCUACCGGCAAAUGAAUGAACUAUACCAUUUGAUCCCUCUCUCGGACGAAAUUGUAAGGUGUAAGAAAAUGCAUCAUGGAGGGAUUUGGCCGUGAAUCCAUUGAUCCUUUAGAACUCAUUACUUAUUCGGAUCGUACAUGGGAUCGAGGGUCCAGUUUUAUUUACUUAAGAAACGACGGGCAUGAUCCAUCAUGCCCUAU